AUGGACUAUUUAAGGAAUAAACAUUUGAACAGAGUAGAGAAAUUUUUAUUUAAACUGAAUAAUGUGAUAUUAUUGGUUAUAGAUGGAGAGAGUUCGUCUGAAAAGGACGAGGAGGAUUUGAGUCCCGAGAAUGAGGAAUAUAUCAUAGACUACGUAUCGGAAUUACUUAUAAAAUAUGUCGUUUCGGUGUGCGAAGACGACGACUUGUCAGAAAAUAAGGGCUCGGAGAACAUAGAGGAGUCAGUCGAGAGUCAAAAGUUGGUUGAACAUGAUUGCAAUGAGGUGUACUCGUCUAGAAUAGCAUUGGCACUCAAGAAUCUUAUUUCGUCAGGAGUUACCCUGCGCUCGUUUGAUAGGAUGACUGGCGCCAAUAUGUUCGGCUGUUCUGAAGAGUCUACAAGGAAUGUAGCUACUAAAGGUGGCUCUCUCAAUGCCAACUCUAGAACUGGUUGUGAAUCAGAUAAAGAUGGAUCAGUUAAAACUAAGUCGAAUGAGUCUGUAUUGAGCAAAUUAGGUGAGCUUAAUGAGGAGGCAGUGGAUGACCCAGAUGAGCUCGUUUACUCGAAGACUGAAGUGUCAAAUUUGCUUAAAUUUAGAGUCUGUAGACUAGUGUUGGAGUUCAUUAGCGAUGUGCCUGAAUUUGUACAGGGAAAUUAUGUCGGCAUCAGGUACACGGAACACGGCCAGCACGUACUGAGACGGUUCUGUCACCUGUGCGUGUCGGUGUCGCCGUUUAAGUCUGAGAGGCACCUGAGGUACUUGAAGGGCCACUUGUCGUGCACUGGGCCGACCAAGAUGAUAAACCUGGGAUACUUGGACUCCUCGCGUCCCUGGAUAGUAUACUGGGCCUUGCACUCACUGUGUUUGCUGGGAGAAGACAUCGUCCCUUACAAGGAGAGGUAUUAUAACGCAGUUACAUCGGCCGUUCAAACUCUCCUGCUGUGUUGGGAUGAAGAGCGCGGAGGCUUCGGAGGCGGAAGGUUCCAACGGGGGCACGUGGCCACUUCAUACGCGGCGAUUUGUGUUCUCAGGAUGUUGCACUCGCUGCACGAGGUGGACACGCGUAAGCUCCACUCGUUCCUGAUGGACAUGAAGCUGGAUAGCGGCGCUUUCACCACAACCUACGGGGGAGAGUACGACACCAGGAGCACAUACUGCGCCGUCGCCUGUGCGAGCAUGACGGGCCUACUCACUGAGGAGCUCGCGAGAAACACAGCGGAGUUCGUUCAAAGUUGCCAGACCUACGAGGGCGGCAUCGCUGCAGAACCGGGUCUUGAGGCUCACGCCGGCUACACUUACUGCGGAGUGGCAUGUCUGGCACUGCUUGGGCAACUGCACAGACUCAACCUGAACAAGCUCCACUACUGGGCAGUGCGCAGAGUCACAAGUCAGUUUGGCUUCCAGGGCAGGCCUCACAAGUUGGUCGAUUCCUGCUACUCCUUUUGGAUCGGCGCCGUGCUACACAUCGUCAGCAGUACCAGUGGUACUGGAAGAGCCGACGAACUGAUCCAAUUGCUCACCCGGUGCUACGUGCUCGCGGUUGCUCAGACUGGGGGCGGCUUCAGGGACAAGCCUAACAAGUCGCCUGACCUGUACCACACGUGCUACUCCCUAUCGUACCUCAACAUCGUUAGCCCAAUAGCUAAACACAGACACGACGUUCUACUCAACGUGCUCGAACUGUAG